CGGCUCUGGGGGCAGCUCUUGUGACCUCCUGCCCCAGGCUCCCAGCACCAUGACGGUUUCAUACACCCUCAAAGUGGCGGAGGCUCGCUUCGGAGGCUUCUCUGGCUUGCUUCUCCGUUGGAGGGGAAGCAUCUACAAGCUCCUCUACAAGGAGUUCCUCCUCUUCAUCGCGCUGUAUGCCCUGCUCAGCAUCACCUACCGGCUGCUGUUGACCCAGGAGCAGAAGCACGUGUACGCUCAGGUGGCCCGAUACUGCAACCGCUCUGCGGACCUCAUCCCCUUGUCCUUCGUACUGGGUUUCUACGUGACUUUGGUCGUGAACCGCUGGUGGGCCCAGUACACGAGUAUCCCGCUGCCAGACCAGCUGAUGUGCGUCAUCUCGGCCAGCGUGCACGGUGUGGACCAGCGCGGCCGCCUGCUGCGCCGCACCCUUAUCCGCUACGCCAACCUGGCGUCGGUGCUGGUGCUGCGCUCGGUCAGCACCCGCGUGCUCAAGCGCUUCCCCACCAUGGAGCACGUGGUGGACGCAGGUUUCAUGUCCCAGGAAGAGAGGAAAAAAUUUGAGAGCCUGAAAUCCGACUUCAACAAGUACUGGGUCCCCUGCGUCUGGUUCACCAACCUGGCGGCCCAGGCCCGGAGGGAUGGGCGAAUCCACGACGACAUUGCUCUCUGCCUGCUCCUGGAAGAGCUGAACAAGUACCGGGCCAAGUGCAGCAUGCUGUUCCACUAUGACUGGAUUAGCAUCCCCCUCGUCUACACCCAAGUGGUGACCAUAGCAGUAUACUCCUUCUUUGCCCUCUCCCUCGUUGGCCGCCAGUUCGUGGAGCCAGAGGUAGGGGCUGCCAAACCUCAGGAGCCUCUGGAGACAGGCAAGGAGCCAGGGCCAGUGCUGGGGGACCUGGACAUGUAUGUGCCUCUCACCACUCUGCUGCAGUUCUUCUUCUACGCUGGCUGGCUCAAGGUGGCUGAACAGAUCAUCAACCCCUUCGGUGAGGAUGAUGACGACUUUGAAACCAACCAGCUUAUAGACCGCAACUUGCAGGUGUCCCUGCUAUCCGUGGACGACAUGUACCAGAACCUGCCUCCGGCUGAGAAGGACCCGUACUGGGACGAAGGCUUGGCGCUGCCGCCGUACACUGUGGCCACGGUGGCCGAGUCGCUGCGGCCUUCCUUCCUGGGCUCCACUUUCAACUUGCGCGUGAGCGACGACCCCGAGCAGAGCCUGCAGGUGGAAGUGUCGCCUGGGUUGGCCCGGCCGGCGCCCCCCGCGCAGACGCCGCUGCUGGGCCGCUUCCUGGGAGUAGGAGCGCCCUCCCCCGCCAUCAGCCUCCGCAACUUCGGCCGCGCACGAGGACCUCCGCGGACUCCUCACCUGCUGCGCUUCCGGGCGGAGGAGGCCGGCGACCCUGAGGCCGCGGACCGCAUCGAGGAGGCGGCGGAGUCAGGGGAUGAGGCCGGGGAGCCCUGAGCGGCGGCGGUCGUGCCUGCCCGUCCUGCUGGCUUCCCCCAGGCCCGCCCCGCCGCUCCCUCCCAUGCCCACUGGCCGGGCCGGGUCGUGCCCUCCGGCUCUACUAGAGCAGCACUUCCUGUGUGCCCUGAGCCGGAGCAUUUAGGGACAGACUUUGAAAGAGGAAGAUGGCGGGAAGAGCCUGAGCCAGGGCUGGGAAUGUGCCCACCUUGGCGGGUGAAGGUAGGAUGGAUUGCUUGGGGGAGGUGAAGCUAGAAAGAUACAUGGGGCGAGGCAUACAGGACGGGAGCCCGGGAGCACUGUCCGUUUCCUCGGCAAUGAGGGGGCGGGCUAGGCCAGUUCUCAAACUUGAGGGAGCAUCAGCGUCACUGAAGGGCUUGUCAAACAGUUCUGAGUACCACUCGCAGCGUUUGAUUCAUUCUGAGAUGGAGCUCAAGAAUUCGCGUUUCUAAGUUCUCAGGUGAUGCUGCUGCUGCUGGUCCAAGAAUCACAAUUGGAGUCAUACAUAAAAAGAUGUGUGGGAGAUACCUUAUCCUGAUAACCUUACUCUGAAGAGGGGUCAAAGUGUGUGAGCUGGGGGAUUUUAUCUGUAAUGUUCAAUUUUUUGUUUACAAUGAGAAUGUAUUACUUGUGCAAUUACACUUGUUUAAAACUGAA